UAUGAUCGAUGUUCAUCCCCAACGAUUCAACAAUCGCAAGACCAAUGCAUAGAACUAAAUCAGGCAUGGAUCGAAUGCACGACAAUGAGGCUUCAGAGUGGUGACAUGGUGAACAAUCAGCGUAAUAUUCUACUUAUCUUUGGUAGUGCGUUGGAAGGGCUAAGG